AAACACACACAUGCGCACGCAUACUCGUACAAGUGCUCUCCAAACGGCACACUCUCACUUCAGCUUUUGCACAGGAUGUUAUGAAAUCGGCACUCUUGCUGAAACUUGGAGAAGGUCGCUGGGUGUCCUCUCUUGCAUCCACCCACUCUUCACCUGACACACACACACACACACAUUGCUGUGCAGACAGCUGAAGCACGCUCAGCUCAGUCCCAGUCCUCUCCCUUCUCGUGUGAGGAGCCCACCGGUGGAUCGGAGCGAAGAGGCCGCGGGCCGGCGUUGAUUCCUUCUUGCAGUCCAGACGUUUGCUCAGACCGGGAGGAAUACUGAUGGCUGUGACCGACAUUCCAGAGGACGACCUGGAUGAGAUGAUGCGUGAAGAAGCGGAGGAUGUCUUCUAUGAAGACGGAGUGUCUUCCCGCGUCCCGGAGAUCAUGGCGGCUGGCACCCACUCCCCUGGAGGGCCCAACGGGAUCAUACGGAGCCAGUCGUUCGCUGGAUUCAGCACGUUGCAGGAGCGGCGCUCUCGCUGUAACUCGUUCAUUGGGAACUCCGUGGUGCCGAAGAAGCCUCAGUCCAAGCCCAAGAAGCCCCACCUAUCUGGCCAUAAAGGCGGCAGCAGCUCCAGGGAGCCGCAGCCCAAACGACUGGAGGAGGUCUACACAGCUCUCAAACAAGGCUUGGAUGAAUAUCUUGAAGUUCAUCAGACGGAGCUGGAUAAACUCACAUCUCUAAUGAAAGACAUGAAGAGGAACUCUCGCCUGGGAGUGCUGUAUGAUCUCGACAAGCAAAUCAAAAGCAUUGAGAGGUACAUGAGGCGCCUCGAGUUUCACAUCAGCAAGGUGGAUGAGCUGUACGAAGUUUUCUGUAUCCAGAGCCGCCUGAGGGACGGUGCCAUCAGGAUGAAGCAGGCCUUCUCCUCCUCUCCCUCCACCAAAGGCACCAAAGAGAGCAUUGCAGAGGUCAACCGCCGGUACAAGGAGUACACUGAGAACAUGAGCGCUUUUGAGAGCGAACUGGAGAAUCUGCUUGGGGAGUUUCACAUCAAAAUGAAAGGAUUGGCAGGCUUUGCUAGGCUCUGCCCUGGAGACCAAUAUGAGAUUUUCAUGCGGUACGGUCGGCAGCGCUGGAAGCUGAAGGGGAGAAUCGAAGUGAACUCCAGGCAAAGCUGGGAUGGAGACGAGAUGGUCUUCAUGCCCCUCAUCUCUGAUCUCAUCAACAUCAAGGUGACCGAGCUUAAGGGUUUGGCCACUCACAUGCUGGUGGGCAGCGUCAUCUGUGAGACCAAGGAGCUGUUCACAGCCAUGCCCCAGGUGGUGGCUGUGGAUGUCAAUGACCUGGGAACAAUCAAACUCAACCUGGAGGUGACGUGGUACCCCUUCGAUGUCGAAGACCUGACUCUGUCAUCGGGUAACUUGAGCAAAGCUGCAGCCCUCCAGAGACGAGUAUCGGUCUACAGCCAGGGGACUCCAGAGACCCCCACCUUCCAGGACAGCUCCUUCUUUUCCACUUUACCGGACGACGUCUUUGAGAAUGGCGGCUGCGGUGUGGCCGAGUGCAAACGUCUGUCCUUCACCUUCUCUGACACGUCGGGGUCUUCGCCCAGCCCCGCCCAGAGCUCCUUCUCCCAGAGCCAGUCCAACCCAGAGAUCACUGUCACUCCUCCAGACACAGAUUCAUUACCCACCCCUGUCCUGCAGACCAGGGAGGACUCCAUUGCAGAGGAGCAUUUAGAGGAGGAAGAGGAAGAGGACGACGAGGAGGAAGUGUAUGAGGAGGACGGGGAAACGGGAAGCAGAGGGAGCAGGAACAGUGCCAGCCUUGCCAGUGAUGAAGCCGAUGUUGGCGACUCGGAGUGGGAGCGCACCGAGUCCCAGCGCAACUCCAUCUCGGCCGCUCCGUCGCUGUGCUCUGAUGGACACCUGUCCACCGUGGCGCCCGAGGACGUCUUCCUGGACCACGCCGACGAACUAAAGCCGGUGGAGCUGGACACGGAGGAGCCGGGCAACCUGACCAGGCAGCUUGUGAAGAGGCUGACGUCUUCAGAAAUUGUCUCACCUGCCGAAAGCUCGGCUGAAGGCGGGGGGAGCCUUGGCUGGGCGGGGGAGGGGAGCAGGGCUUUCCUGGAGAGCAGCCUGGAGGAAGCCAUCCACAGCCUGCUGACCAAGCUGGAGUCGCUGACCCAUCGCUGCAGGGAGCUGCAAGACCUGGAGCAGGAAGUGAUGCGCCUGGAGGACCUACUCAAGUGUCGCCUGCCAGGUCACAGAAGCCGGUCGUCCAGCCUCAGCCUGACGGUGGAGAGCGCCCUGGAGAGUUUUGACUUCCUCAACACGUCCGACUUUGAUGACGACGACACCGGAGACGACAACACGGGCGUCUGCAGUCUCCCACAGAAAUCUCCACCUUUAGACACAGACCCAGAAAGGAUUGAGAGCCAGCAUCCCGAGGCCAGAGGACACCUGAGUGAAGCCCUGACAGAGGACACCGGCGUUGGAAACAGCGUGGCAGGAAGUCCGAUGCCGCUCACCACUGGAAAUGAAAACCUGGAUGUAGCCAUCGUCAUUCACCUUCUGUACUGCAUUCACCUCAUCCAGAUACUGACCAGCGGGAUGGGUGUGUGGCAGCGACGCGGUGUUCUCCUCAAAUUGUCGGGACAGACGCAGCUGCUGGAGGAGCUGGCAGAGAUCAGCGUUGACAGGCUGGGAGCUGUCACCUCUGCUGCUGACGUUCUCCCAAGCCUUGCAGAGCGCCCACAGCUGAUGACUCUGUGGUCAGAGUGCAGCGGCUCUGCGGGGCUUUUCCACUCUACGCUGGACCGGGUUUUCAAACACAUGAACCAGCGAUACUCAGCAGUGCUGCAGGAGAGACACCCACACAGCGCUGACGCAGUGAUUGGCACGGUUGUGGGUGAGAUGGUGGACAGGAGCGACGUGGCUGCGGCGCACGGCCCUCCUGCUGCGGCGCUCUCCCGGGACGUCCUGACUGUGUUUCAGUUCCACAACUACAUCCUACAGCACGACAUUCAGGACAUGGAGACUCACCUGGUGCACCUGGCCAGAGAAGAGGGCUUUGCAGAGAUCCUGUGCAGUGAUGAUUUCUCCCGGUGUGUGGUACAACUGGAGGAGGUGCCUUUGUCGACUCUCUGGCCUCGAAAUGGCACCCUGAGGGCCCUGGCCUCCCUGCUGACAGCAGAAGACCCCCGGGUCAACAAGGCAGCAGCCGACUACCUUUCCUCUGGAGCGUCAGACAGACACUUCAGGACCAGGGCUGUGGAGUACUACACCCAGGCGCUGUCGGAGGCUGGAGUUCAGAGCCAGAGGGCGGCCUGCUCGGCUCUCAGCUGUCUGCAGGCAGUGGAGAGCCUGAAAGCAGUCGUAGCGCUGUGUGAUUCAGCUGAUGAGGAGCUGCGCCAUGUCGCCAUAGAGACGCUGCUCACGUUUGGCGAGGAGGGGCGGCUGGCGUACGAGCAGCUGGACACCGUGGUCGGGGAUAUGAUCCGUCUGGGCACGCGGCGAGGAAACGCCGUCACCACCGCCUUCUGAAUCAUCGAGCCGCUCAACAAACCCGGCCGCCGAGGGACGACAUCGAGCUCUCAGAGCUGCUCUGCUUCUUCAUCCGAUGGGAAGAAACUGAUUUAUGUUCGUAGCUGCCUCUUGAGAAGAACUAACACCAAACAGACGGUCAUAACACACAACCUACACCCCUCCUUCAUCCAGACCUGGACUCUUUUUACUUUAAUAUGAGACAAAGCCUGCACUCCUCCUUUCUUAACUUGCUUUCUGAGCCGGGCAGGCCAAGUCUCAGGCUGAACUGGAAGCGAAGCUGGAACUUGACUGGACCCAAAGCUGCUGCUGCUGCUGCACAGACUGCGGAUAUUCCUGCAAAACAUCCUCUCCUUGGAAACAAGCACACAGCAACCACAUCACUUGCUAUUAAGGAAUCUGUUCAUAUCUACAGACCGACGUGACGCUUAAUUUUUUUGUGAUUUUUAAGUAAUUAUUGCAGCAUGUUUUAGUUGCAUUGCUUUUAGGUGCUUUCAGAAGACUGCACUAGUAAGCUUGUAAAUGCGGCAUCUUUUACACAGCUGGAAAAUACACCUGGUUGUGCUCACAGUGUAAUUUGAUUUGUGUUUUCUGGUACGUUCCAUUUGAUUUUCAGGGAUUUAGCAGAGGCUGAAAGACAUGUUGGUGGAAGAUGUUUUUGUUUUUCAGUGGUAAGUGAAGUCAGAAAGCAGUUUACAGCCUUCUUUGUGAUGAGAUGAAGCAGCGGCCCAACUGUUCCACUCGCUCAGCAGUUUUAUGUCUGAGCCUUCUCACGCUUGCAGUUUAACAAGUGCAAUCUUUGUUUUGUACAUAUGAUUUUGGUUUUUCUUUCAUUUUUGUGCACCUCGCCGAUACGAGGAGCCCACUGGAUGAUGUCAGCUUCGACCACCUGAGCCUUGAUGAGGUCGAGGCGGCAGAUUCCACAGAAAAUCUUUUUGUAAAUGUAUUUUUCCUGCCGGGUCAGGAGCCGCUGCAGGGUAUUAAAUCCGGCUAGGGAUUUCUAGAGAACGCACGUUUUAGCAUCUGAGAAAAAAAAGAAUAUAGGAUCUGAGUGGUAUAUUGGCCUUGUUUUAGGCCAACUGCACAUUUACGUUAUGAAAGGCUUUGUUUUUACACAUCUCUUAUCGCUGUGUGGAAAACAAUGACCGGAGGUAAGGAUCUACAGGUGCAUCUCAAUAAAUUUGGUUGAAGUCAUGGAGUUCACAAAAAUUGUACAUAGAUUUAUUAGACAAUGGUGUUUCAGUUAUUUAUUUUGGUUCAUUUUGAAAGUUCACCGGUUGACAAAAUUUAGUUCCUUAGCUGUGCACAAUAAUUUUCAAAAUAUUUUAGGUAUCAGUGGCAAAAGGUCACUUUGUGAAUUAAAUUGAUAAGCUUCUGAAUUAUAUUUGGAUUUAUUGAGCUGCACUUGAAAUGCCUGCUUGUAUCGUGCUACCUGCACUACUGAGUCAAGUGCUAACGCACCAAGACAAACAUUCACAGAAAAAUCUGUUUCCUAUUUAUUGUUUACUCCUUGUAAUUCUACUAUUCUUUUGGAGUUAAACUGCAGUUGUGCAGAAAAUCCAUGUUCUGUGAAUAAUUUUCAUAUUUAUGUUGCAUUUUAAGGUCUAACAUGAACUGUUGACCUUGAUAGUUUUAUUAUGAUCUUUUAAACUGAUGGUUAAUUUUAAUUGGAGUUUAUUUUAAUAGAAAUAUAUUAGAUUAUCAUUGGGGGGGAGAGAUUUGAUACGUUUUCUUCAUUGAAGUAUCAUAAACAUUUUGAGACUUUCAUAUAUUUAUAAAUGUUUCUUUAUCAACUAGAUUCAAUGUAACCAAAGGAAAUUUAAUUAUAAUUUUGACCAAUUUUUUUUUUAUUUUCGCAAAAAAAGAGCUAAUUCAAGAGAAUGUAUUUUCAAAAAAGCAUUUGCAUUAAGGCCAGAACUCAGAUCUGAAAGAAAAAGCACAACUUAAAGAAUUAAACCCACAAUAGAUGGAUCUCGUUACAUUCAGAUGUAACUUUGGAAUCCAGUUCAAAGCCAUAUUAAAUAUUAAACAUUGUAUUUUUUUUUUCCUGUAUUAUUUGUAAAUGUGUGAACAGUUAUUAAAAAAUUGUCAUUUGUUUUUCUAUACAAACUUUUUUUUUUUUUUUGCAAAGUAUGGUCCAAAUCUGAAGUAAUUUUUAUUUCAUUAUGUGCAAAUAGCAGUACGGUAUUUUUAGUCUAGCGUCUAAAUUAACCCACUCUGUAUAUAGCGUUCUCCCUUUUAUGAACUUGCAGUUGACCAGUGUUUAUAAUUAGUGGGCCAUGUGAAUCCUAAGCACUGUCAAGUACAAGCAGGCAAAAGUGUGCACAUGUGGAGUUAUUUACAGUUUUAACACUUUGCUGAAAAUGAAAUUAAUUUGUGGUCCAUAGCUUCAGCACUGAUCCAUCAACUACUCAUCUGUUAGCAGUAUUUUUGUGGUACAAUAUCGCAAUAAAGUAUAUUUUUGCAUA